UCCUCCCGCAAGACGCUGCCUUUCGCCCUCGGGACGCCGUGACGUUGCGUUCCUCCCGUCCCUAGCCACCUCCCUCUUUCUUCGGGGAAGCUCAGUGCCGGACUUCCGAAGACCUUUUACGACAUUGGGUCUCGGAGUCGGUCUCAGCGCCGGGUCCACUUUUCGGCAAAGUGACGUGGACGUCAACAGCAAUGGCGGAAGGAGAGGAGGUCUUGCCACUGCCAACGUCGAGCGGCGACGUCUGGGAAAAAGAUCUUGAAGAAGCUCUGGAAGCAGGAGGUUGUGAUCUUGAAACUUUGAGAAAUAUAAUUCAAGGAAGACCACUGCCUGCUGAUCUAAGGGCCAAAGUUUGGAAGAUUGCUCUGAAUGUUGCAGGAAAAGGUGAUAGUCUGGCAUCAUGGGAUGGCAUUUUAGACUUGCCAGAACAGAACGCUAUUCACAAAGAUUGCCUGCAGUUUCUUGAUCAGCUUUCAGUGCCAGAGGAGAAGGCAGCAGAAUUACUUUUGGAUAUCGAAUCUGUAAUUACCUUUUAUUGUAAAUCGCGAAACAUUAAAUAUAGCACAUCCCUUAGCUGGAUACAUCUACUCAAACCAUUGGUGCAUCUUCAACUGCCACGCAGCGAUUUAUACAACUGCUUUUAUGCCAUAAUGAAUAAGUACAUUCCCAGGGAUUGUUCCCAGAAGGGGAGACCAUUUCAUCUCUUCAGGUUGCUCAUCCAAUACCAUGAGCCUGAGCUUUGUUCUUAUCUUGAUACAAAGAAAAUUACUCCAGACUCCUAUGCACUCAACUGGCUUGGAAGUCUUUUUGCAUGUUACUGUUCCAUUGAAGUCACUCAGGCAAUAUGGGAUGGAUAUCUACAACAAGCAGAUCCGUUUUUUAUUUAUUUCUUAAUGUUAAUUAUCCUUGUUAAUGCAAAAGAAGUCAUUUUAACACAAGAGUCUGACAGCAAGGAAGAAGUUAUCCAGUUCUUGGAAAAUACUCCAUCCAGUCUGAAUCUAGAAGAUAUAGAAGACCUUUUCUCCCUGGCUCAGUAUUAUUGCAGUAAAACGCCAGCUUCUUUUAGGAAGGAUAAUCACCAUCUCUUUGGUAGUACUUUGUUGGGAAUUAAGGAUGAUGAUGCGGAUCUGAGUCAAGCUCUUUGUCUGGCCAUCUCAGUGUCAGAGAUCCUUCAAGCAAAUCAGCUACAAGGGGAAGGAGUCCGGUUCUUUGUGGUGGAUUGCCGUCCUGCAGAACAAUAUAAUGCUGGGCAUUUAUCAACUGCUUUCCAUUUAGAUUCAGAUCUGAUGCUCCAGAAUCCAUCUGAGUUUGCACAGUCAGUAAAAUCCUUGCUGGAAGCACAGAAGCAGUCCAUUGAGUCUGGCUCCAUAGCUGGUGGGGAGCACCUCUGUUUUAUGGGCAGUGGCAGGGAGGAGGAAGACAUGUACAUGAAUAUGGUCCUGGCACACUUUUUACAGAAAAACAAAGAAUAUGUGAGUAUUGCCAGUGGAGGAUUUAUGGCACUGCAGCAGCACCUGGCAGACAUUAAUGUGGAUGGACCAGAAAAUGGAUAUGGCCAUUGGAUUGCUAGUACCUCAGGCUCAAGGAGCAGUAUCAAUUCUGUUGAUGGUGAAUCUUCUAAUGGCUCAAAUGAUAGAGGAAUGAAAUCACUAGUAAAUAAAAUGACUGUGGCUUUGAAGACAAAAUCUGUUAAUGUCAGGGAAAAAGUUAUCAGUUUUAUAGAGAAUACAUCAACUCCUGUGGAUCGGCAUGUGAGCAGCAGUGACAGAGUGGGCAAGCCUUAUCGUGGUGUAAAGCCUGUUUUCAGCAUUGGGGAUGAAGAAGAAUACGACACAGAUGAAAUUGACAGUUCCUCAAUGUCAGAUGAUGAUAGAAAAGAGGUUGUAAACAUUCAGACUUGGAUAAACAAGCCAGAUGUCAAACAUCAUUUUCCUUGUAAAGAAGUAAAAGAAAGUGGACACAUGUUUCCCAGUCAUCUAUUGGUUACUGCAACACAUAUGUACUGUUUAAGGGAGAUUGUUUCACGGAAAGGAUUGGCUUAUAUACAGUCUCGGCAAGCACUGAAUUCUGUAGUUAAAAUCACAUCCAAAAAAAAACAUCCUGAACUCAUUACCUUCAAGUAUGGAAAUAGCAGUGCUUCAGGAAUAGAAAUCUUGGCAAUCGAAAGGUAUUUGAUUCCAAAUGCAGGAGAUGCUACUAAAGCCAUAAAACAGCAGAUCAUGAAAGUUUUGGAUGCUUUGGAAAGUUAAUAUGAAACAAAAUUAUUUAAAAAUAAGACAACCAAGAGAAACAUGGAGAUAUACUUCCUGACUGAAUACUAACUGGAGACCUUUCAUUUGCUCAUGGGCUGCUUGCAGGUCUAAGAAAGUGUAAAUUAUUAUAAUCAAUCUAUGGACAGUAAAGUUUUUAAAAAUUUUUCUUUUGCAUUUUCAGUUUUAUAAAAUGAUGUAUUAUAAAGUCAGUUAUUAAAUUACUGACCCUGUGCCCUAUGGACUAAGUAAGGGUGCAGAAUGCAGUUCUGUUUUGAAGAGCUGUUUUAAGGAAACAUGCAUCAUUUUUGGAUUCAAAAACAACUGUACACAUACAUGUUUGCAGUGUCUUCACUGAAAAUUAGAGAUAGAAUUAGUUGAAGAGACUUCCUUAAUUGCUACAUUGUUUUACCCACUGAGCAAUAUCAAAAACUAAAAACAUAGAUUAAUAAUUUGCUCACUGUUUAUUCUUCUGAAAAAGAGUGAAAUCUUUUUAAUGGAAUGGAAUGAAGAUGAUUCUUGCCAACUCAAAAUACAGUACAGCUAGUAGAAUGUUGAAACAUCAGUUUCUAAAUCACCUUUGCUCCAUUAGCUAAUUAUUUGGACACUAAAUGCUUCAAACAUACGAAACUUCGUCCUAAUGAUUUCUGAAGAGCAGAUAAAAGCAUUAAAAUAGGUAGGCAUGUUAAGAUUAAAAUUAACAUUUUGGGGACAGAAUUGUGUCUGUAAAGAUGUCAUUGGUUUUUAUUACAAGUGGAUUAUUGGAUUUAUACUUUAUAACAAGUGUUAAGGCACACUGAUUUAUCCUCAUUGAGGAUUAUGGUCUGUGACCACACUAAUAUCCACCUGCAUAAAUGCCAAAUAAUCAAAGAUCAGAGAGCUUAUAAAGUACCAUUGUUUUUGUCAUCAUUUUCUAAAUUUCUUUCUCUUCUUUUGGUUUUGUCCUCUCAUUGAAGUUCCAGUGGUUUGAAGUUAUUUUUAUCGUGUUAAUGUACUGAAGAUGGCUCUGCUGUAUGUUGCAGCGUUCUCCAUUUAAUUUAUAAUGGUCCAUAUUAGACACAUUUGUAAGAGAAAUCCAGGAACACAUUUGGGGCUGUGGAAUGAUAUUUUGUAAGUCUAUUUGGAAAGUAGGAAAUACCCACAAUCUGCCAUGUCCUAAAAUGUCAUGGAUUAUCUCUAAGGGGUUGAUAGGAGAAAUAUUUAGAUGUACCCUUUUAACAGCCAGUCAUUUUGAUUUACUUAUAGAAAUCAAGUGAAUAGAAGACAAUGUAAUUCAGGAAAUUUUAUUCUAAUAUCUAAUAAAAACAGUUUGAGUGGUUGAAGACAUCUGCAUGAAAUUGUAUCUGGGUGCAUUACUCGAUAUAACUCUCCCAUAAAACUGUUGUAUUGCAUUUUUUCCCUUUUCUUGGCACCCCUUUAGAAAUGUACUGAAUUCUCAUUUUUCACCCAUUUCAGCCAUGGGACAUUUUUCAUAAUAUUAAUGUAAAGAUGUUUGUGUUACUGUUUAUAAAUUACAGUUGUAAAUAAAUUAAUACAGUUUGCUCAAAACUUUGUUCUUAAA